AUGGCCGACAACGACAGGCACGUCGCGGCUGGCGCAGUCGCUCAGAUGGAAGAUUCGAACCAAGAACUUCACUGGCUAGACGACGAUGCAGAGGAUGACACGUAUGAAAACUUGGAUGCCAAUCUGCCAAAUCGGCGCGGUCGGCUCCCGUUGCAUUCCCUUUGCGCUACCGCUUGGUAUGAUCUCCAAGAUGGACGCCACUAUGGUCUAGAGUUUCUUGCAAAUUACUUGAUUGCAAAGACAAACGACAUUGAUGCGGCGGAUGCCAAUGGCAUCCGUCCCUUGCAUCUAGCCUCCAUGAUGUCGGAAUGGAUGGUGAAGCGGUUGCUUACCGCCGGCGCGGAUCCCACAUCUGUGACAUCUGAAGGGUUGACCGCGCUGCACUUGGCCGCCCGCGCGCGCGAGGCCAACAUUGUGGGAUUGUUGAUUGACGAGCUCGGCAAAGUCCCAGGCCGCUUGCAGCAGUCGCUGGACGCGCCCGAUCAGACAGGACGCUCCCCGCUAUUUCACGCGUGCCGCUCGGGCCGCCCUGAGUCUGUUCAACUACUUCUCGAUGCCGGUUCGAAUGUUGAUCUCCUUGACCAGGACGGCCUCUCGCCUUUCCAUGCCUGUGCUGAGUAUGAGCAGGAGCAGGCACUGUGGGAAAAGUCUCUGAAGCCCGAUUUGUUUGUAAUGGACCUGCUCAUUUCCCAAGUGAACAGGCAGGGAUGGAACAGGGUAGCUGAAGGAGGUGUCAUGUUACAUGAUACUUCACGGCCUUGGACGCCUAUCUACCGCAUCUUGAUGCCGGGGCUUCGUGACUACAUGGCCGUUGCGUUCGAGGACCGCGACGCAGCUCAAGGCUGGCCGAAAGACUAUGAGUCUUGGCGAAUUAGAAAUAUGGAAUCUGAGCAAGACAGUACCCGCUUGGAAGAGAUUCUUGAAAUGCUGUUUCGGGAGCACUCGAAACGAGGUACAGAUGUUGCAACCUUGGACAGUCAUAUCAUUGCUUGCAUUGACCGAUGCAAGGCCUAUGGCAGCUAUAACAGCAUGCGCUGCUUCCAGUCCAAGAAAUUAGACUGGAACCUUGGGCUGGUAGAGAAGGGUGAUCACGACGCUUUGCUUGAGCACGAUUCUCAAGUAUUAUCAUAUUGCGCAAGCAACCGCAGCCUUCGUUCCCACCACAGUUCGGUCCGGUACCUCUUGCGGCAGCGAGAAUAUCGUGCCAUUGAGCAGUUGUUGCGCACUUCCUCUAUUACACCCCAUGACGCGAGGCAGAUUCUUCUGCUUUUCGUCCGAUAUGGCUUUGGGAGGCUCUUGAAAAUCAUGCUCACUGAGCUGGACCUUUUCCAAGGCAAGUCUUUGGAGUCCAUAUACGAUCGGGAUAUGUGGGAUCCGCCUCUAGUAGUAGCCUGUCAGAGAGAGCUGCCCAACAUGGAUGUUGUCGGCGUAUUGGUAGAACAGAAUCACGCCGAAAUCAACGCCCAGAGCAGGACUGCUCAAUGCGAGUGGCAGGCAGACAUUUCAAGAAUGUAUUCGGAAGAGUUAAUUCGCAAGGUUGCAGGGAAAAACACGGCCUUGCACGAAGCGGCCAAAGGACGUCACUGGUGGCAUAUCAAGCAGGCACUUCCAUUUCUUCUGACUGCCGGCGCAGACAGGCAGCAGGUCAACGAAGAGGGCAAGACUCCGCUUGACUUUUCACUGGAAUGGCAAAGGAGAUAUGGGGACGAGCCUGAGACAUUUGCUUCCGAGGCAAGAGCUCUGCUGCAACAGGACUAA